CGCUCCGACUCUGUGGCCCAACACUUGGUUUUAUGCUCUCAUCCUAUUGUCUGACUUAUUAUGAAAACCCAUUUCUUGAUCCGGGUAUCGAUAGGCGUGACCCUCGAUGGGUGGGUGCUUGGUGGAUUGGGUUUAUUGCAAUCGGCACCGGUUUACUCAUAUUCACAAUCCCAAUGUUUCUAUUUCCCCGAAGUUUUACUAAAAGUGAUAAUAAAACCAGUGAUGCACUCAAUGGUAACGCCAUAGCGAAUGAAUGUCCUGCUAAAGUGUCUCAAGAAAAAACUAUAUGGGAGCGUACUCUACUCCUGGUCAAAAAUCCCAUUUAUGUGUGCUAUGUAUUGGGAACGACUGCCCGACUGUUUGCAGUGCUCGGGUAUAUAACAUUCAAAUCCAAAUACAUUGAGUCUGAGUACAAAACAUCGGCGUCUACUGCCAACCUAUUUUCUGGUAUAAUAGGUGUCGUGCCCACAGCUACCGGUGUAUUCCUGGGCGGGCUGUUUAUCCGUAGGUUCCUUCCCGGGCCUCGAGUACUGACAGCUUUCAUAACAAUUGUCGAAAUGAUUGGAGCGAUGGGUAUGUUCUCAGCCCUAUUCCUGGGUUGCCCGCAGUCCCAGUUCGCGGGAACUACACUCCAGUCACAAUUUGAGUUGCAAUCCCAGUGCAACUCCCAGUGCCAAUGUUCAACUAAAUUGUUUCAACCCAUCUGUGGUCCCGACAAUAUAACCAAUUAUUUCUCGCCCUGUUUUGCCGGA